CCCCCCCCCCGGCGGUGAUACUGCGCAGCCACACAGCCUUGACCUCCACCGAGCCGCUCGAUCUAGUCCGCGGCAUCGCCGAAAACGACACCGCCAAAAUACCAAAGGUGAAAAAAAAAUUUUGAAAAAAAAAAACCCCCUCGAACCGACACCCCUCCCCGUCACCCGUAGGCGCAGAAGUGCCGCUUAGCCGAGACCACCGCAGGAGCGCGCAGCGGCCAGAGCGACGGAAGAUGGGCAACAUCUGCGGCAAGGCGGACAGCGACCACUUCGCCCAGCCCGGGCGCGUCCUCGGGGCCACGCCGCCGCAGCCCGAGCGCGCCGCCGUCCCUGCGAGGGUCGUCGGCGGCCCGCCCCGGACCCUCGGCGGCACCAGAGCGCCCUCGUCCCGCCCCAACCCCGCGCCGCCGCAGGGUGGCGGCGCCAACGCCGACGAGGCUAGGAGGCGAGCCGCGGAAGCGGCAGAGAGACGAGCCCAGGCCUCGAUGUCGAAGCCCGUCGGCAAGCUCGGCACCCAGCUGGCGGCGCAGAAGAAGCAGACGCGCAACGAGACCCUCAACGAGCUCAGCCGCGACGAGACGCGCCGCCGAGACGCCGACGAGGCGGCCGAGGCGAGGAACCACAAUUAGUCGCGACCGGCGCGGCAGGAUAGGGGCGGGGGACGAGGACGAGGAGAGAAGCAGGAGCGCGUCGACGAUUGGCAGAUAUUUUUGCAUUGCAUUCUAGUUUGGGCUCCUGAGCCAUGGUCGCCCCCCGUCUUCAUUUCUUUCGGCACACAUAGCCUCUCGUCAUGGACGUCUGCGCUCAUCUGUAUAUUUCUUAUCUAGU